UUUCUUGCGAAGCAUUGGUGGCCUCAAAAAGUUGUCUCUUCAUAUCGACGACACAGUUGAUCACAUCACGGCAAAUUAUUUCCCAAACAUGUCAGAUCUAGUCGUGCUUGAUCUGACUGCAUACGGACCACUAACACUUGAGCCAAACGGUUUUAAAGGACUUUCAAGAGUUCAACACACAACAAUAACGAGCAAAACGGAUAUAUUCGUUAGGCCGCGCGCGUUUAGUGCUAUGGUGGCUCUGCAGAAUCUUACAAUAAUAACUGAUGAAUGGCGGGUCCUUCGUCUGCCGGAGCAGCCCUUUGAAGGUCUUCUGUCCAUUAAAACAUUGACACUGAAAACAGGUGGCUGCAGGGCGGCGGGUCUCAUGUCGUCCAAUGUGUCACAGGUGACAUUCUACGACAUAGCUCACACCGUCCAACACGUUAGCCUCACCGGCAUUCAUGUCAUAGGCCCGGCAUUUGCUGGUUGUACUAAUCUCAGUUCUGUCCAGUGGUCUAAGCGGUCUAAAGACUGCAGGUCGCAGCCAGGUCCUAAUAUUUCUCCACUAGCCUUUCAAGGAGCUGCAUCACUGGAGUCCAUUACACUUCACUCUAUAAGUCUGCAAAACAUCCGAGGUAGGAUGUUUGCAGGUCUUCAUCAUGUAGUUAACGUGACCAUAAAAUUUACUGACUUCUCGGGUAUCGAAUACCUUCCCAGCGACAUGUUCACUGGGCUUUCAUCUGUUCGAAACAUUUGGCUCGACGGAAAUCCCGAACUGCCGGGGAACAUAUUCCACGGACUGACGUCUCUCAGAGAGAUCAGAAUUGAGAACAUGGUAGCGCACGCCAUGGUGAACAGCUCAGGGAAAUUCUGUUACAGUGACUUUCAGCAUCUGUUCUCUGGGCUACAAUCUUUGGAAGUUGUCCGACUAACCAACAGCCGGAUACAAUGUGAGACACUACCGACUCUCACAUUCAGUAACCUUUCGUCGCUGAAGGAAGUGCAUCUUUUAGAAACCAGCCCCCUAAAGAUUUUACCUAUUGGAUUUUUCCACGACGUUCCUGUCCUACAAACUUUCACUUUUUCUGAAUGGACAAUUUAUCCAUACACAACACAACAAGUGACUUUACCACCGAUGCUCUUUACAGGGCUUAAUAUGGAGGUAAUAGACCUAAGUCGGCAGUACUUUCUUAAUAUUUCGAGAUAUCUGUUUCAAAAUCUCACUUCACUUCAGUCAUUGUACAUGGCAGACUGUCUAUUUGAUGAAGAGUCUGUAUCCGCCGCAGAAAAUUUGUUCUCAGGACUCGCAUCGUUACAACACUUGGAUAUCAGUUUGCAAUCACGGCAUGAGACAGAUUCUAGAUUUAGCACCAUUCCACUGAUGGACAACAUGUUAAAAGAUCUUGUAUCUCUCAAAACGCUGAAGAUGGCAGGUUCGUUGUCAUCUGCAGGAGGAAUUCCGGUUCCUUCCUUGAUAUUCAAAGGUUUACGCUCCUUAACGGUGUUGCAUCUUGAAAAUCGCAUCUCGUGGUGGUCACCAAGUGCCGGCGAAAUCGUGCACCUGCCACAAAACAUAUUUGACGACUUAGCCAGUUUGAAAUAUUUGAAUCUUGAAAAUGUCGCAGUGCAGAGUUUGGAUAAAGACAUCUUCAAAGGAUUAACAAACCUCAGGGAGUUGUAUUUAACCCGAACAUCGUUGACACAACAGGGCCUGUCGUCUUUGCCUUUCUCUAAUCUGAAAAGCUUAGAGACAUUAUCGAUGGCUAGUGUUCCCUUGGACGAACUGAGUCCGAAUCUGUUCGUAGGCGCAGAGAACCUCUCCGUUAUCAAUUUGUUCGACUGUCGUUUCUCAACAAUUCAAUCAGGAACUUUCCGUCACUUGACGAAUCUAACAUCCUUGAAAAUACCAAAACCACAAACUAUUGAGAAAGGCGCAUUCGACUUCGAGAAUCAGAUAAACAUUCAAAUUGAUAUGGCUUUUCCAUUUUCUCACUUUCCACUGUCUUACACGUCAUUUCCCGAUGACUUCAUCAAUCUCUUUAACAACCAGACUUUGAUGAAAAUGUCCUCUAUCCAAAUAGACUUUAUCUUUGGUCCAUACUUUUACUGCGACUGUAAACUGACCACAUUAUCUGUGUCCUAUCGUCGAGAUAAAACUUUAACCAGACGAAUAAUGCCAAAGGUUGACAAUCUAAGCUGCAUCGUGAACAAUGCCGGGGCAUCUGUUGUUAACAAUGCCUCUAUCAAUGCCCUGCGAUGCCCUGUUUCCUGGCCAUCGUGUCCUAAGCAAUGCUACUGUAGAACAAGUACGCUUUUCACGGAAGUGUUCUGUUCCGGGCGUGGGUUUACAUCAGUGCCUGACCACUUUCCGAUGGAUACCGCCUUGGCGAGGCUUGAUGUAAAUGCUAUACAAUAUGUACAGCCAUUGGCGUUUGAAAGUGCAGCAGAACUCUUGAUACUAAACCUGAGCACUAAUGCUAUUCGUGAGAUCAAUAGUUCUGCAUUUCUGGGAUUGCGCAGCCUAACAGAGUUGUACCUCGAUGGAAAUGAAAUGUCGUACGUUCCAACUGAUCUCCUGCGACCCAUUAUACAUCUCCGUGUCCUGUGGUUAAACAACAACAACUUAUUGGAUCUACCAACAACUUUGUUUCACGAACAACCGAUCUCCCUUCGUGUCUUGAGGCUUGACCACAACAAUUUGACAAUGUUGUCAAUGGGUAUCUUUUCAAACCUUACCUCUUUGACAAAGUUGUCCCUGGAAAAUAACAAAUUCGACUGUGACUGUCAUUUGCUAUGGUUAAAAGGGUGGAUGCUUCAGCGUAAAGGAGUCAUACAUAAGAUGAAAUCGGUGACGUGCCGAUCACGUGGAAACGCAAAGGACAAAUACAUCCUCAAACCGAUCAUAGAACUUCCAGAUGACGCGUUUAUCUGCGGUGAUAAGAGUACUUACAGCUCCCAGGCCUGGGUCGCAGCUCCUGGAGGGCUGGCAAUCCUCCUAUUCCUGAUUUUGGGAGUCUUCAAAUGCAGGGACAAUGUUCGCGUGUGGGUUUACGCCAGAUAUCGUAAAGGACUGAGGCAUCUCGAGCACGAACCGCAGAAAACUUACGACAUCUACGUCUCGUACUGCGUGGAGGACGAAGAGUUCGUGGACCGGGAGGUGGUAAGAGUGCUGGAGGACAUGGACCCACCAUACAAGGUUUGUCUGAGGAAUCGAGACUUCAUACCCGGCCACAACAACAUCCAGCAAGCCACGGACUCCGUUACUAACAGCCGGAGAACUCUUCUCGUACUGACGGAGCGUUUCCUGCAGGACCGCUGGUGCCUCUGGGAGUUCCAGGUCGCUCAUCAGCAAGCUGUCACCGACCAGGCGUAUCGUCUCAUCAUCGUCAUCAUGGAUGACCUUCAGCUGGAGGCCUGUGAUGACAUCAUGGACUUGAAGCAGUAUCUAAAAGCAAACAAGUAUCUGUUGUGGGGAGAGCUGCUAUUUUGGGACAAGGUACGACAGGCUGUACCACCUCGUGAUGCCCAGGGGGAGGAUGAUGGCGAGGAAGGAGAAGGUGGAGGGAGUGAUGAUAAUGAAUCGGACUAUGAAGAUAAUGUUAGCAUUUUUGUGCAACAUUGAUUAAUCAACUUAACUUGGUUCUGGUUAUUUUCGGAAGAAAGGGAGGGGAACUUGAUGUUGAUACUGUUUUGCUCCGUUUCUUUUUCUUCCUCGUCUUCUUCUUCUUCAUCCAAGCUGGACCAACGGACGACUUUCACCAUUGUUAGUGGAUAAGUAGCAGACACCAUGUGGUGUUCGUUUACAUAGCACAGCAAGUAACAGGACAGAGAUGGAAGGGCUAGUCACCAUAUACAUGUAUAUAUAGUAAUCUUUAUUGCAAACCCAUGCCCAAAGGCUAAUUACAAACGUGGUAUACAUAAUUAUAUGCUCAACAAGGAAGGAACAUGAUAUUUAUAAAUGAACGGGAAAUAACAUCUAUUCUAAAUCUACUUCUACUUAAGCUGUUUUUGGGUUUGACUUUUUUUCCGGAGAUGAAUUGUCCAACAUUUUCAUAGAUAAAGGGGUUGGACGACUUAAAAGUAAAAAAAUAUUGUUUCUGUUGGUCGGUAAGAUGUGAGAAGCAUGGGAAAUUUUCAGUGAUUUUAAGGAAAAAAUUUCUUUUCGUUCGGAAUUGUAAAAUGAACAUUGACAAAUAAAAUGUAGUUCAUCUUACACUUCUUUCCAUGGACAAUAAUUACAUG